AGAGAGAAAGAGAGAGAGAGGGGAAGAGAGAGCACUAAAACACACAUGCUUGCGCAGUCACAGACAGAAUCAAAUCCUUUCCGCUGCAGGACGGGAGGCAGAAGGAUUACUCCUAUUUUAGACUCUUCAUCCAUGCGUCCUGGGUGCCAGUGCAGAAUGUGUGAGUCAAAUCGAGACAACUUGGUGAUAUUGUGAGGAGUAACAUCUUCAGAGGAGUGUCAGCAUGACCCCUCACACUGAAGCUCUACUGCUGGUCUUCAGUUUCUCAGUGUGUGGUAGUCUCUGUGCUGUAUCUUUAAAUAGAAAUGAAAGAGCCCGCUUUCAGGCCAGCACGGACCCAGAGCCAGCUACCAGUUCACCAUGGAUGUCCCGAUCAACAGAAAUGGCCAUAAGUCCAACCGAUGUCCUAUACUCAGAAGUGACUAGCAGACACCUUGAGGUGGACCCUUCACUUGAUCAAAACCCCUAUGUCACAAUGAAGAAUCGUGGUUUGUCAAGACUUCCAGCCUCAGGAACACCAUGGAUCCAAACUUUGCCCUUCGCUAAGACUGAACCUCCUUCAGAUAUCCAGAACGAUGAAGAGGGACCUCAAACAGAGGCAUCUGAUUGGCCAAAUUUUAGUAAGCAAGGCAAUAUGAAACAAUCUUUUAAAUCAUCUUCACUGGCAACACUUCAGCCUUUUUCUUCUCAGGCCCGGAGUACCAAAUCCAAGACACCUAUUGCUUGGAAUACAGAGACAUAUACAUCUCAGACUCCUGCUGAGACUAGAUUUAGCACCUACCGGUCACUGUGGAAGUCCUCUGGUGCUACUCAGACACCAUAUGCCAGAGGAACUUUAGAUGGUACCACAUUGCCAAGAGGCCUGACAGACAAUCUGCAGCCAUCUGAGGAAACAAAGGAUUUGACAGAUGCUCCUACAGAUAGUCUGACAGAGUCGACUCUCGAUAUGACAAAUCCUGACCCUGAAAGAGAGGAACGUAAGGAUGUUGACCAAGUGAAAAAAGAACAAAAUGGCCAAUUGAUCAACCCUGUGAUCAAGGUCACUGAAACCUUUCCGGAAGCAGCAUCUCCAGGUGAUGACUGGCGCAAAUCCUCCACACAACCGGAUUGCAGCCUGGUUGGGACCAGGAUCUGUCAGUCAACUGACUCAAAGAAUAAUGUUGCAACUAACAACACUCUGUCCACUCCACCUCCUGUGUAUGAAACCACACCCUCCGGAGUAAUAACCCCACCCCUUGAAGCCCUUACCCCACCUCUACUGGUCCCUCUAUUGACUGAUUGGAAUGCUGCAAUGGCGACAUGGGGCCUAGCAUGGGAGUUGCAGGUAUAUGGGCUUGGCUGUGUGUUCUCGCUGGUGGCUGUGCUAUCUGUGCUCAGCCUGAUGUGUUUGCCUUUGCGCUGGCCCUCUGGCUGUGCCCACUUCAGCCUUCUCCACCUUCUCCAACUACUAACAGGUUCCAGCAGAGCUCUGUGGCUCCUCUACGAUCCAUACGGCCAAAAAGAACGCUUACCUAUAGCCUGGGCAAGACUGCUGCAUGAAGCUGCCUAUCCCUGUAUCACAGCAUCUUUUGGUCUCCUGCUUCUACUGCUAACUGCUCGUUCUUGUACCCAGCUUCUUUCUCAAAACACCUUGCAGCGCAGCACCUGCUUGUUGGCCGCCCUAGUGCUGCUGCACAUAGCUGUAGUAAUGGCAUCCAUUGCAAUACUGCAACUCUUUCCCACCCUGCAAGUCGUGCCUCUAUUACCACCUGCAGCAUUCGUGUUGAUGUCCUCUCUCUUGUCAUUUACAUACCUGCUUCUUUACUGCUGUGCCCGUGCCGAUGUCAAGCACAUUUACCGGCUAAGUGAGAGCUCUCCUGAGCGGCCAUCGUGUCAUGCUAGCAGGUGUCCAUUCACAGAAGCACGGAUGUGGGAAAGAGCGGUCAAGACAGGGGUAUUUUCUGCCCUGUUUCUUCUAGCAUGUGGCAGCCUACGACUUUACGCUAUGCUCAAUGCAGGAGGGUUGACCGGUGGAGUCAUGGUUGGCCUGAUGCCCUGGCCCUGGUGGGGAUUCCAACUCAGCUGCCGAGUCUGUGAAACAGGAGUAUGUCUCACCCUUGCUCUUGUUAUCACUCAUCCUCUCCUGUGUUGCGGAGUGCCCCUUUCCAAACCAGGAGGCUGCAGCUGGCUCUUCAAAAAACCACCCACAGAAGGCACAACAUUGUCCAAACCCACCAUUCUCUCGAGCCGGUGUGGCUGGUCAAUCCGGCCCGCCGAGAAGCUGGGGUUGUGUGAGGGAAUAGCACGACGGGAAAGCGAAAGCGUGCCGCUCUAUACCCUGGUGGAGCUUCCGCACAGCGAAUCUGAUGGCUUGGACCUCCACUAUCCCAGCAGCCCUCAGCACGAAUCUUGCACACAGCUCACCCAAACCACAAAGAAGAGCAAAGUAUCCCAUGCGUCCUCCAUUGCAAGUUUUGAUGCGGACUCCACUGCAGAUCUGCGACCCCCUUCACCAAUUGACCUGAGGCGAAGCAUUGACGAAGCUUUGAACAGUGAGGCUCUGUUCCAGCACAGUUUAUUUGGGUCCUCCAGGCUCUCUCUCAGCACACGCGGACCCCCAGAUGGACAACCCUGUCGGGUAAACUCCACUGAACCCAGCCUAUACCGCACUGCCUCCUGUGGGGAUGUGGACCCUGCUACAGUCCCAAGCUGCCCCAGGCAAUGGAGCACUAUAUCUGGGAGACCAGCUCACGUCUCAGUCCAUUGCAGUGGGUUAAACUCAACACAACAGUCCGAGAGCAGCCUACACAGGGUCGCUCAGUCCGGGCAACAACUCCACAGACGCUACACAACCCUGGGUUCUACGUCCUCCAGAGGGAGCGUGGAUGUAGAGACAACGUCUCAUGUUGAUGAGCUUGCCGUUCAGGCUGAAUUCAUCAAUGUCUGCAGGCAGAUAGAUGCGCUCAGUAUCAGUAGUGAUACAAUUGACCUAUAGGGAGAGAAAUCUUUUUUCACCUACAGAUUGCUGUAGAGCAGGGGUCCUCAAAUCAGAAGGCCUGCCUUUGAGGUCCACUUUCCUGCAGAGUAUAGCUCGACACCAAAUCAAACACACCUGAACAAGCUAAUCAAAAUCUUCAGGAUUAAAAGUUCCUGGCAGGAGAGUUUGAUGAAGGCUGGAGACAAACUCUGCAGGAAAGUCAUUGAGAACCCCUGAAGUAGAGCAUGUGCCAUACUUACUUGCACAAUUAACCUUAAAGGAACAGGCCAUUUAAAAAAAAAAAAUAGGCUCAUUUAUCGAAUUACCUUCAGUUAAACAGGGAGCAGGUGCAAUGAUUUUACACAGUGCCUGAAAAUCCAGGCGCUGCAUAAAAUCAAGUUCCUUGAUUAUUACUCUGGAAUGAGACUAGAGUUCCUAACCACAUCGGCCUAGAAAAUUGCAACUUCAUUUUCUGUCGGUCUUAGUACACAAUGUAAAUACAGAAGAGUAAAGUUUUAAAAAGUAAAACUCUUUGAUCAUUUUUGAGAAAGACGCUAAUGGUCUAAUCAGAUUCAUUGAUCUUUACCAGGGAUGUCAAACUCAGUGACUUGAUUAGCUGGAUCAGGUGCGCUUUAUUAGGGUUGCAUCUAAACUCUGCAUCUAAAACUCAGUUCCAGACCCUCCUGGAACUGAGUUUGACACCCCUGAUCUAUGCUAAGCUGAGGAGAAAAAUUCUAUCCGCCUAAAUGAUCUCAAAAGAAGUAAAACUUUUGAACUCUAGGGGAGUUGGAAAAUUAACAAAAACAGUAAAGUGGUCCUUUAAUACCUUCCAAUUUAAUAUUUAACCCAGGGUUGUCAAGUUGUGCUCUUUGAAGGUCCACCUUCCAGCAGUUUACCUCUGAAAUACCUGCUUGGAAUGUUCUACUAAUCCUGAAGACCUCGAUUAUCUAGAUUAGGUGUAUUCAAUUAGGGCUAGGCCUAAACUCUGCUGGAAGGUGACCCUCCAGAAGCCCUUGCCCAGACCUGAACUAUAACACCUUUAAGUAAUUUCAACCCUAACAACUCCAAAAACAGAACCUUGCUUGGCAGACACGUGGAGAGGAUUUGCUGUUGAUGCAUUCUGCUCGAAUGGAAAGAAUAUUUUUUAUUAUUUUAGAAGCAGACAUGACAUUGAGAAAACAGCAACCUACAACCUCUGAGUGACUAAUGUUCUCUAUCAACGAUGAAAAAUCCUAUGGAAUCCAUCUCUCAUAUUUGACAAAUCUUGUUGAAAAUGCUUGGUUUGAUCAAAAUACUUAAUAAAAAAAAUAAACUACUGUACAUGAGGCUUUUGUGUACCUUUCAGCAAUAAAGCUAGCACUUAUGAACAUGUUUUAUGAUGAUAUGUCUUUUGGUUUUGCUCUUACAGCACAGAUCACCUAAAUACUCAUUUGGCAACAAAUGAGAGCAUAGUUCCAAAUCUACAGUACAGAGAAAUAUUCUCUAGAACCAUUUUGCAUAUUAAUGCAGCACUAUCAAUAGUGUUAACCAGUUUAUUUGUGGUUGCACUGUUACUUGAUACUGUAAGAUAUUGUUCUGAAAUGAGACCUGAAAAUAACCAUAAAAACCAAGCUAAUUAGAUGUUGUAUGUAUGGAAAACAUGACUUUAAUACUACUUUUCAUUAAUUUCAUUACAUUUAGUGAUAGUAAAAAUCUAUUCUAUCCUGUACCCAUAAUCCCUCACAGCCAUUAUGCAGCACAAAUACUGCCCUCUGUUGGCCAUAUAGAUGUAAUAACAUGGUUCACCCUUUUAUUGAGAUGUGCAUUUUCUCUGUGACUAGUAAAUGCUCCAACGCCUACGCUUGUAAAUGUCAAUUUAAUGCUCUCAAUUGCAUUGCUCAUUACGCUACAGUGUUUAAAAAGUAUAUUAAAAUCUAAAAUAUUUAAGCAAAGUAUAUAGAAAUGGACACUACAGGAACAAAAUAAGAAACACAAUCUAUAAAAUUCUUUAUUCUAUAAACUGUAUAAUAUUCAGAAUGACAACACAAACUAUCAAACGGUGCCCAAAGUUGAAAGUGUCACUUUUACAGCAAAUGCUUUUGACUGUCCUUCAAUUCAGACCUUUUUCAUACUGUAAAAUGUUUAUAUAUGUAAAUGCUUCUAAGUUAAAUGAUGCAAGUGUGUGAAACUGUUAAAUAAACUUGAAAUGAGCGUC